UCCGCCCGCGCGCCCGCGACAAUGCAGAGCUCGCUCGCUCGGCCUCCGCCGGCCCUGGCGGCCUCCGCCAGCGUGGGAUUUCUCGCUCGGCCCAGGCCGGCGUCGGUGGUGCGAUGCCACGGGGAGCCUUCGGCGGCGGCAGCGGCGUCCUCGACGUCGGGGUGGGCCCCGCCGACGCCGUUCACGGGGAGGGACCCGGACCUGAAGAAGCCGGCGUGGCUGCGGCAGCGGGCGGCGCAGGGGGACAAGUACGCCAGGCUCAGGGAGUCGCUCGGGGACCUCAAGCUCAACACCGUCUGCGUCGAGGCCCAGUGCCCCAACAUCGGAGAGUGCUGGAACGGGGGCGGCGGGGCGGGCGGGGAAGGGGACGGCAUCGCCACGGCGACGAUCAUGCUCCUCGGCGAUACCUGCACCCGGGGCUGCCGAUUCUGCGCCGUCAAGACUAGCAACAAGCCUCCGCCGCCGGACGCCCUCGAACCUCUGAAGACGGCCGUGGCGGUCGCAAGUUGGGGGGUGGACUAUGUUGUGCUGACAAGCGUCGACAGGGAUGACAUCCCUGAUGGUGGAAGUGGUCAUUUUGCUGAAACUGUGAGAGCUCUAAAGGAGCUCAAGCCUGGGAUAUUGGUGGAGUGCCUGACAUCAGAUUUUCGAGGUGACCUGGAGGCAGUUGCGUCUUUGGCAAACUCUGGUCUAGACGUGUAUGCGCACAACAUCGAAACCGUGAGGAGUAUGCAGAAAGUAGUUAGAGAUCCACGAGCAGGAUAUGAUCAGAGCUUGUCAGUACUGAAACAUGCGAAAGCUUCCAAAAAGGGCAUGGUAACGAAGUCCUCGAUCAUGCUUGGUCUAGGUGAGACAGACGAGGAGAUAAAGCAAACCAUGGCUGACUUGAGGGCCAUUGAUGUUGAUAUUCUGACCUUGGGCCAAUAUUUACAGCCAACAGAAAGACAUUUGAGAGUAAGAGAAUACGUGACUCCUGAGAAGUUUGAUUUCUGGAAGAAGUAUGGAGAAUCUUUAGGAUUUGUGUAUGUUGCUAGUGGACCUCUGGUCCGGUCCUCAUACCGAGCAGGGGAGAUAUUCGUCCAAAAUUUUGUCAGACAGAAAAAGGCUGAGCUUGUAUCUGCUGCAUCUUAAUCUGUCUCCAGCCAAUUCUAUCCUGUGUCAAAGUUUUACACGGGAGGGGUUAAUUUUGAGACCGCAUCAGAGCUACUAUACACCAUUUGCACUUACCAGUUUUAUGAUUGCUUUCACUUGAUAGUUCGAUCAUGCCAUAGUUUUUCUUACCACUCUGGUGUACCAUUUUUUGUUUGUUUGACUCACUUGCUUAGACUGAUAGGUGUCUGCGCCUGUAUGGGAGUAUAGAUAUCUGCACUUCAUUUAUUGUAUGUAAUGCUUGGUGUAUGAUUUAUAAUGAAACAAUAAAGUGCUGCUUUUUUU